AUAUCGAUCUUCCUGUCAGACACGGAGGUGCGUCUGGUGUGCAGAGGUCUGUUCCCGUACCUAGAGUCUGGAUGGGACAUCUGGUGGACAGUCGAUGGGAAAACGCUGGAUAAACUCCCGGACCAUCAGAGAUUCUCCAAAAUCAACAGUCAGGUGGAUUACGACUACGGGGACCGGACGGAGGAGAGCGUUCUGGUAAUCAAAGACUUCCAGUCUGAAGACCUGAACAGAGAGUUCAACUGCUCGGUGAGGAACGAGAAAGGCUUCAAGACCCGCAGAGCUCAGCUGGAGGAGGAGGUGUCGUUGCCGUCGGUGGAGCUGGGCUGCGGUCUCGGUGUCACCCUGGUCCUCAUGCUGCUCCUCUUCGUGGUCUAUCAGGUCUUCUGGCUCGAGCUGCUGCUGCUCUAUCGCUCGUGGUUCGGCACUGAUGAGCGGCACACAGAUGAUAAGGAGUAUGACAUCUACAUCUCGUAUGCGAGGAACAGCGAGGAGGAGCAGUUUGUUCUGUCCACUCUGAGGAACGUUCUGGAGAAUGACCUCGGAUACACCGUGUGUAUCUUUGACAGAGACAGUCUGCCGGGAGGGAACCAAUCAGAGGCCGUCAUGCUCUCCAUGCAGCGGAGCCGCCGCCUCCUUUUCGUCCUCAGUCCGGACUUCCUGGCAGAAAAGAGCUUCAGCCUGCUGGAGUGUCGUCUGGGUCUGUACCUCCAACACGGCCUCCAGGCCUCCAUCGUCACCGUGGUGUUCCGCUCCGUCAGCAAGCUGCCCUGUGUGGAGGUGGCUCAGCUCCGGCACGCCGCCAACACCUCGGUCACAUGGAGAGGGAGUCAGUCUGAAGCGCCGCGCUCACGCUUCUGGCUGAAGCUGAGGCUGGCGUUGCCCGUGCGGCCGCUCGCUCUGGGCCGGAGGAUGAUUGACAGCACGUCGUCUCACUCCGACCUCGCUGCUCUGGCGCUCCAGAGAGUCCACAGGAUCCACAACCAGAACCAGAACCAGGAAGGCAGUGCCAAUCAGAGCCGCAGAAACAGGCGACUGUCAGCCAAUCAGAGCCGGAGAUACAGGCAGGCCCCACCCACUAGGAGGGGAGGGAUGAAGAGGUGGAACACAUGCAGGGAGGACGGGUCACAGCACAGCGGGAGGUGCUCAGAGUGCAAUGGGAUCGUUGAUCAGGUGGAGGACAGGGGGGCGGAGCUAACUGUGGAAACUGAAAUGCUGCAGGUGUCACAUGACAGGACUGACAUCCAGUCAGAUCCUGUUCCUGAAACAAACCCCACCCCACAUCUUGACCCCGCCCAGGAACCUUCCCCAACACCUGACCCGACACCUGACCCUGACCUGGCUUCAGGCUCCGCCCCCUCACUCUGCCAACAUAACGAUGACAUCAUAAAACACAAGCAACAACAGCAGCUGCAGGUGAUUGGUUCGGUUGAGGAACUAUGAUGUCAUCAGGAUCAGGGGCGGGACUCUUGUUACAUUCAAGCAGCAACAUAGCUCCGCCUUUAUAUUUGCCCCGCCCCUUUAACACUGACGCUCUGAUGGACACAUUUAACACAGACUUUGAGGAAUGCUGCAUUCAAGGUACAAGAAGAAAAUCGUAAAACUAAGUCUUGAAAUAAUCAAACUAUUCACUGACGUCUUCCAACAGUGAUUCAGUGAUUUUUGGUCUCUUUUUUUAAAGAUGAAUUCUUCCAGAACAAUCGUCCUCCUGAUGGUUCUUCU